AUGGAUCACACAUACGACCUGGCCGGACUAGAAGCCCGGCACAACUCGACCAUUUCUAUGGCUCGGUCGAUGCGGGUGGGCAAGCAGGAACGUCUUGAGCGAGAUGAAAAACCACGGAAACAGAGGAAGCGAGCCCUAGUCGCAUGCAACCGAUGCCGGAAGAGAAAGAUCAAGUGCAACGGUGAUCUCAACACUGGCCUGGCUUGCUCUAGCUGCCGUAGUGUUGGAGCCACUGAAUGCCAGUAUAUACGAGUCAACUCUUUGGCCCCUGAAGAUGCUGCUAGAGAAGCAGCUAGGCUUUAUGCAACCAAGGGUCAGGGAAGGUCAAUCCUUAUGGGCUCCCCUCAAAUGCGGGCUCCAUACCAGCGAGAAGAGUACGAGCUGGAUAUCCAGUCCAACUUCUCACGGCAACCCGUCGGCAUGGACCACUCCUAUGACGACCAGUCAGCCAACUACCACGGUCAGACAUCGCCAGGGUAUAUGCUGUCUAGCACUGGAGGAAUGCUCGACUAUGGCACCGCAUGGGCCAACCGGGCCUGGGAUCUUAACGGCAGGCCCGAGUUCUUCGAAGAACAAAGCAGUAACAUGAACCAAGCUGCAUAUGGCUUCGUCCUCCCAGGCCAAGGCAUGUCCACCGAGAUGCCCCAGUCAACAGGAGCAAUGACAACGUCCUACGCAGACGUAGACCGCACGCUCCCAACACCCCCAACAUGUCGAAGCCAGCAGUCCAACAUCAGCCUCUCAACCCUCCCAGACGGCCUCUCAGGCAUGACCCUGGCCACCGACCCAAAAGGCUGGAACGCGCGGUACGCAACCUCCCAAGACGGCCGUACAGUUCCAAUGACCGUCCCAAGUAACGGUCUCUACAACAUCAGCCCCUCAGCACGCGUCAAGUCAACCGACUCAGAAGGCGGAACACCUGACCUCGUCUUCGGAUACAUCCCCAUGUCCACAGCAGAAGAUCCAUCCCCACUUCCCCCAGCCUCGUCCUCUAUGGCCACCUCCGCUGCAAACCCUCCCUACCCAGCCCUGGACACGAUAGAGAACACUCUGGGCGAGUACAACACCUCCGAUGCACGUCUAGGACGCACGUUUCAGCGCGAGAGCGGCGCUGGACAGCGUCUUCUCGCGCUGACAUCUGAUUGUGCUCCUGAUGUGUAUGGGUAUGCGGGCAGUGAGCGCAGGAAGUCCAGGGGUGUUGUCGACGAUGUUCGCUGCUCAGCGCCGACUCUUGUUAAUGGUUUGCCCUAUACGCGUGUUCGACACACGGACUCGGCUGUCGGUCUGCCGUACGGUUUUCUACCUGAUGGCUUGUCGGAUUAUGGGCGGCCGGUUGAUAUGCAUCGUUCUCCUGUUUCGCCGCUGGGACAUCAGGGGGCGUAUUGA